GCACUGCCACCAAGCGUCGUUUCGUGGUCAUCGCGUCAUUGACGUAAAACUUCAAAGUUCAGUGAAAGAAAUCCGAAUAUGAAUAACAUCGCAUUGGCACGCGAUAUUAUGAUUGAUAUUCAAAUACAUUUGCCAAAUAUAAGAUAGACGAGGAUUAUAUAAGUAAACGAUGACAAUUUAAUAAAACUUCCUGAAAAUGUCGCCAUUGUGAUCACGUGACCACGUCAACAACCAACGAGGCUUUCUCUUCCGGGGUUUCGGAUUAAACCUCUUCCGGUGUGUGACUCGGGGAUUUUUGCGGCGUCUCUUUCGUUCAGGAACACAACAUGACGACCACGUCGCAGAAGCACCGAGACUUCGUCGGGGAACCGAUGGGCGAAAAGGCCGUCACCGCGCUCUCUGGUAUCGGUUCUACGUUGGGCGUCAAUCUGAGCAGACAAGGCUUCGAUAAGGCGAAUGUGCUGCUGGGGCAGUUCCUUCUGCUGAAGAAGGACUCGGAGUUGUUCGCCGACUGGUUGAAGGAUAUCAGUGGCGCGAACGGCCGCCAGGCGUCGGCCUGCACCCUAUGUUUGAAGGAGUGGUGUGACGCCUUCCUCUGACACCACGCCAUUGUGAUGUCUCUUUGUUUACACUACUUUUUGUUUGUUUACAAUAAAAUGUUGGGUCAUUUGCAUAUUGACCAUA